AUGGCCACCGAAAGACAGCCUGAGAUUAUCUUGUAUGAUCUUGCAUGUAUCAAGAACAUAUGCUUCUCGCCCGUCGUUUGGAAGAUCCGCUUGAUGCUCAACUACAAGUGCAUUCCUUACAAGACCAUAUUCCUUGAAUUCCCCGAUAUUGAGCCAAAGCUCAAAGAGCUAGCCCGCAGUGCCGUCGGCCCCGCAUUCCGCAUCUCCGUCACGCCACGCGAGAACCUCAUCCUGUCGCCACGAGCUCAAGAGUAUUUUCGAGCCAAGAAUGAAGCUCGAAUGGGAUGCAAGCUGGAAGACUUGAUGAAUACAGAGAAAGAGAAGAAGACAUGGCAAGCUGUUGCGGACAAGAUGAGCGAGCUGAGUGAUUUGAUGCUGACGAACAAGGACAAAGGGCCCUUCUUGCUUGGUGAGAAGCCGAGCUACACUGAUUUCUUCAUUGCUGCUUCGCUCCAAUCGGCAAGAACUAUUGAUGAGGAGAUCUUCCAGCGUUGUGCUGCAUAUCCUGGCUUCAAGGCAAUCUACGAUGGUUGCAUUCCUUGGAUGGAGACAAAGAAUUAG